CGGAGUACAAGUAGCCCACAAUGGAUACGCUCAUAGCCAACGCUGAUGCGUGGACAUUUAAGAUAGAAAAGGACAUGAAUGAACAGUUUGGAGCCCUUUCGCUUCCCUUUCCCGGCAUGGACAAAUCCACCGCGGCCGUUUGUCUGUUCUUCAGCUCAUCCGAUGGAACCGAGUGCCAGAAGGGAAACUCGUGCCCUUUCCGGCACAUUCGCGGCGACCGUACGAUCGUGUGCAAACACUGGCUGCGGGGCCUCUGCAAGAAGGGUGACCAGUGCGAGUUCCUGCACGAGUACGAUAUGACCAAGAUGCCCGAGUGUUACUUCUACUCGCGGUUCAACGCCUGCCACAACAAGGAGUGCCCUUUCCUGCACAUCGAUCCGGAGAGCAAAAUCAAAGACUGCCCGUGGUACGAUCGUGGGUUCUGCCGGCACGGUCCGAACUGUCGGCAUCGGCACGUGCGGCGGGUGCUGUGCAAUAACUAUCUGGCCGGGUUCUGUCCCGAUGGGCCCGAGUGUAAGUACAUGCACCCACGGUUCGAGCUACCGCCACCGCCGGAAAUCAAGGAUCAAACCCCGAAGCGACCCACCACCUGCCACUACUGUGGUGAACUGGGUCACAAAGCAUCCUACUGUCCAAAGAUGCCGCUAGAGCAACGCGAAGCUACGCAGCGGAUGGAAGAUGCCAAGUAUCGAGCCCUGGGGUACUACAAACAUCGGAUUCAUCAGGAACAGGCCCACAAUGCUGGUGGCGGCGAGGAGGGUGGCAAUUUCAUGCCACAAAAGCCACCACCACGACCCAUCGAAGAGAUUACAUGUUUCAAGUGCGGCCUCAAGGGACAUUAUGCCAACAAGUGCACCAAGGGACAUUUGGCGUUCCUCUCGAACAACGUCCAGCGGAAAUAGUUUAUCGAAUCAAUUUUGUUUAAGAAUAAAAACGUG